CAUCGGUGCGAUUCGAUGGGAUCCUUGGGCCACCGUUCCCUCCUACAGUACCUGGAAACGGAUGAUCUAGCUGGACUAAAAUCAUUCCUUGGCACUCGCCACCUGCAGGUCGACGAUCGAGAUGAGAACAACACAACGGUGCUUAUGGUCGCUAGCGGCCGCGGUGCGUCCCAUUUCGUGAAGGAAGUGCUGGCCCGGGGAGCCGAUGUACAGGCACAGGAUCUGGACAACUGGACGGCGCUACACUUCGCUGCCAAGGCCGGCCACGUCAGCAUCGUCGAGCUGUUGCUGGACAAUGGCGCGGAACUGGAGCACCGGGAUAUGGGCGGGUGGACGGCACUUAUGUGGGGCUCGUACAAGGGCCACACCAGUGUGGUGGCCCUACUGUUGCAGCGUGGUGCGGACGUGCAGGCACACGGCAACUACCAUCUUAAUCCCCUGCUAUGGGCAUCCGGCCGGGGUCACACGGAAAUCGUGCGGCUGCUGGUCAAUACGGGCGGUGCGAAGGUGAAUGUAGGUGAUAAGUACGGGACUACACCUCUGGUAUGGGCCUGCCGGAAAGGAAACACAGAGAUAGUGGAUGUCCUGUUAAAAGCGGGCGCCAACGUCGACACGGCAGGCAUGUACUCCUGGACACCGCUGCUGGUGGCGGUCAGCGGAGGCUUUCAGGAGUGCGUUUCCCUGUUGCUGGAACGCAAACCGAACGUGAACGCGCUGGACAAGGACGGCAUGACCGCCCUGUCGAUCGCGUGUCGCGAAGGGCUGACCGAGAUCGCGUCUGCACUGAUCGCGGCUGGAGCGUACCUGAACGUGCAGGACCGUGCCGGUGACACACCACUGAUCAAUGCCGUCAAGGGCGGCCACCGGAGCGUGGUAGAGAUACUGAUGAAGCGCCACGUGGACGUGGACAUACAGGGAAAGGAUAGGAAAACGGCAUUGUACACGGCCGUCGAGAAGGGUCACACGGCGAUCGUGAAGCUUAUACUGCAGUCAAACCCGGACCUGGAGCUAUCUACCAAAGACGGGGAUACGGCACUGUUGCGCGCAGUCCGCAACCGCAACCUGGAGAUUGUGCAGAUGUUGCUCGAGCGCAAAGCGAAGGUGGGCGCGACAGACAAACGGGGCGAUACCUGUCUCCAUGUGGCAAUGCGUGCGCGUUCGAAAGCGAUCGUGGAAGCGCUGCUGAGCAAUCCCAAGUACGGCCAGCUGCUUUACCGCUCGAACAAGGAAGGUGAAACACCGUACGCAAUUGAUGCGACACAUCAGAAAACGAUCCUGGGACAGGUUUUUGGCAACCGGAGACUGAACGCGAACGAAGACUCGGAGGGUAUGCUUGGGUACGGGCUGUACUCAUCGGCCCUGGCAGACGUGUUGAGCGAUCCGACCCUUACCACACCCAUUACGGUGGGGCUGUACGCGAAAUGGGGCAGCGGCAAAAGCUUCCUGCUGACGGAGCUGCGCGACGAGAUGAAAAACUUUGCCCACUCGUGGUCCGAACCGCCCAUCGACGCAUCGUGGCUGUUCUUUCUCAUCAGCCUGCAUCUGGUGCUGGUGAUCGGUACCGUGGUAGGACUGGCAACGUGGAGCUACGUGUGGGGCAUCGUUACCGGGGCCAUCCUGCUGGUGCUCAUCUACUUCACCGACAUCCUGUUCAAGUUCCUCGACCGCCGUUACGAUCUCGAAUGGCUGUACUCGCUGAACUACGGUCUGUCUCGGAAGCUCGGUCGGUUUCGGCUAAUACUGCAGGUGGCAUUCUGUCAUCCACCGGGUCCGCAGAAUGAUCAGCAACCGAUGCCGGUACGGUUUCAUUUCGCCGAAGCGAGUGGUGCUGCUCCGAACGGUGAUGCGGCGGUGGCCCUCAUGCUGGCGUCUUUGUUUGAUGCGAUAGAGGCACACUAUGGAUCGCUGGCAACCGGUCUAUAUCGUGCCUUUCGGCCGAAACCCUUAAAAGCUUCCAGUGGUUGGAAAUGGCGCAAAAUGUGCUGCAUGCCGGUGGUGCUGAUGUUUGAACUGGGCACCUUGGGUAUCCUGGCGACCGCUUCCCUGUCGAUCGUGUACUCCGAAUACGGGCUGGAGGGACGGGAUGAGAUAGCGGUCGCAAUUUACAUCCUGCUCGGCAUUCUGUUAGCCGGUGCUAUUGCCAACCUGCACGCCUGGUCGAAGCUGAUCGGUGCCUUGUUUAUGUCGCAGGGCAAACACCUCAAGCGUGCCUUCAACAGCAACGAAGCGGCCCCGCUAACCGCACUCGGGGCCGAAGUGAGCUUAAUGACGGACAUGGUACGCUGCCUGGACGCUUUCACCGGCCAGCAAAGUCGGCUGGUCGGUGUGGUCGAUGCGCUCGACUCGUGCGAUACCGAGCGAACGCUAACGAUACUAAACGCCGUACAGACGCUACUAUCCGCACCGCAGCGACCGUUCGUGUUGCUGCUAGCGGUCGAUCCGCACGUGAUCGCCAAAGCGGCUGAAGCAAACAGCCGCCGGCUGUUCACGGAGGGUGGCAUCGGCGGGCACGACUUUCUGCGCAACCUGGUGCAUCUGCCGGUGUACCUACAGAACUCCGGUUUGCGAAAGGUGCAACGGGCACAGAACACCGCCAUGUCCGCUUACCGGCGUGCCAUGCCGGAUAUUAGCCGGGACGACGAUCAGCCGCACCUGGGCCAUUCCGCAUCGGCACGACGGUUGUCGAACGCGUCGGAGAUCAUGUCCUCGCAGGAGAAGCUACGCGCAAUGCCAAGUUCGUCGCGCGGUGGAAGCAAGAAGCUGCGCGUAUCCGACUCAAUUGCCAGCUCGAUCGGUUCCAACUUGCACAAGCUCGGCCAGAAUCCACCGGUAGAUCUGUCGAAAAUCAUUCUCACCGAUGACUACUUCAGCGAUGUCAAUCCGCGCAGUAUGAGGAGACUGAUGAACGUUAUCUAUAUUACUGUCCGUUUGCUGAAGGCCUUUCAGAUAGACUUCAGCUGGUAUCGUUUAAGUUCGUGGAUCAAUCUCACCGAACAGUGGCCACUGCGGGCGAGCAUGAUCGUGCUGGAACACGACCAAGCCGGUGAUAGUUUCGAUGAAUCGGUCUCACUUCAAGCUGUGUACGAUAAGGUGCGUCCAAAACUAACCUGCCUGCGGGAAGCAGCAACGUUGCUUGAUCUGGAUCGUGACGAACGUAAGCUGGACGCCUUCCUGCAGCUUCACAAAUCCGACCUGCUCGUGUCCGAUCUGCGCAUCUUUCUACCAUUCACCAUCAACCUCGAUCCCUAUCUGCGGAAGGUGCUUAAGGAAGAUCAGCAAGCGCUGGAAGACGAGGGAAUCAUCAUCCCCAUGAAGACCGUGCUGCCACCGAGCAAACCGAGCGGAUUCUUGCCACAUCACCAUCGUGCCCAUGGGGGUAGCUUGCUGCAACCGACACCGCAACAUCCCAGCAGUCUGACCAACUGGCCAAACUUCUACAACCCGCAACCGCAGGCAAUGGCGCUGAUGAGCUAUUACAAUCAAGGUUGGGCCAAUUUCCUAAACUCCGGUACAAAUGCGCUCGUUGGUGAUCCUAUGAACAAAUCGGGCACCGUUGCAGGUGGACCCAUAAUAACGGAGCAUCCCACACACGAACAGCAUUCCUCAAUGGCCGGCACGGGCGGUAGUAUGCGUGGGAAGAGUGGGAACAGCAACCACAAAUCUACCAACGGACAAUUGACAUCACCACCGAUCGAUAUCGAUCUGACAAAUGUACAGCUUUCCACGCUAACGGUAGAGCAGCUAAUCGAAUUGCUGGGACAGGUGAAUGAUCUGAAACCGGCAAUGGAACGUACGGGACCGAUACUACGCGAGAACGCCAUUUCCGGCCGGGUGCUGAUGUACUGCAAUCUGGAGGAAUUAAAAUCGGUGCUUCACCUUAGCUUCGGACAUUGGGAAAUGUUUAAGCUGUUGGUGACCGCCCUGCGGGAAGCGACCGUUGCGCAACCAUCGAGCCGAAAGCUGUCGAAGACUACGUCGUUCGCCAAGGGCACGAAUGAUACGGUGGAGCUGCAGGAACCGAUUGCCCAAUCGACACCACCGUUCGGUUCCGCAUCGAGUAGCUUCCAGCCGAUACGACAAAAGUCCCAAAAUCUGCUAGAAAAACAGCCAGCAAAAGUGCAUGAUUACGAAUAUCUGCAGGUGACGCUUGAGGAGCAGAUGAUCUGUGGCGCGCUGCAAACGCUGAACGAGGACGCGUUCGAGGAUGUGGUCAGCAGUAGCGAGCGGCCCAGCCCAACCGGUGAGAUGUUUAGCCAGUACCUGGCGCCAAUAAGGGAAAGCUCGGAAAUCGGUUCACCGCCACGCCUCACUUACAACCUUACUAACCCAAACCUGACCGAUCUUGCCACCAGCAACGGUACGCUGAACGGGGACGACAGUGGUGUCGGUGGUGGCCAUCUCGGUCCAACAUCGCGCGCCGGUUCCGGUCGGCACAGUCGCUCCCACAGCUUGCAUGACGAUGCAUCGCUGACCAGCAUUGUGGUCGUUCCCACCUUCCUAACCACGUCCCCCAACACCACUGCCGGCAACAUCAACGACACCAAGCUCUAA